UUAAUAUAUUUUCUGAUCUGAAGAUUUCUCUUUCUCAAUUUUUUAUACUUUUCUCCACAGCCACACGAAAAGUUUAAUUAGAUUCAAUUCAAACUCAGAAAUCCACUUCUUUCUUUAUUCCAUAUCGAAUCUGACGAGAAACCCACUACUUGAUUUUGUUUUUUCUUGAAAAAUUUGUCGCUAGAUCUGUUGCCGUCAUUGGGUAUUGAGAGGGAUUCAUUUUUAUAACAGCUGUUUUCCCCCACUCUUUUGGCUAUUUUAAUACGAGAACAACAUGAGCUUAGAUCAUUUCUAGGCUGCUUGAAAUGUACUACUAAUAUGGAUUUGAAUUUGGUGAUACCCAUUUGGAGAAUUUGUUGUUCGCUGUUGAGAUUGAGUGUGUUUUAUGGGACUUAUUUUGCUGGUUCGGUUUUGAAGGAGUGAUUUACUUUUGUUUUGGAGAAACAAAACAUUACUACUAUGUUUUGGAGGGACCGUGAGAGAGAAAACAAGGACCAAAAUGGUGGACCACCUUGUGGUCAGGUUCGGGUUCUGAUCGUUGGUGACUCAGGUGUGGGUAAAACAUCACUUGUUCAUCUUAUUAUCAAAGGUUCUUCCAUCACUCGCCCUCCACAAACAAUUGGAUGCACAGUUGGUGUGAAACAUAUUACUUAUGGUAAUUCUGGCAGCUCAUCAAGCAGCAUCAAAGGUGAUUCUGAGAGAGAUUUCUUUAUUGAACUCUGGGACGUGUCAGGUCAUGAGCGAUACAAAGAUUGCCGGUCUCUAUUCUAUUCUCAGAUUAACGGGGUUAUUUUCGUUCAUGAUCUCUCCCAGAGAAGGACCAAAACAAGUUUGCAGAAAUGGGCAUCAGAGAUUGCUGCAACUGGAACAUUUUCAGCCCCUCUGAGUUUUGGAGGUCCUGGUGGUCUCCCUGUCCCUUAUAUUGUUGUCAGUAACAAAGCUGAUGUUGCUGCAAAAGAGGGUACUAGAGGAAGUAGUGGCAACCUUGUUGAUGCAGCACGUCAUUGGGUUGAGAAGCAGGGUUUGCUUCCUUCCAGUGAGGAAAUUCCAUUGACUGAGAGUUUUCCUGGAAGUGGAGGACUGAUUGCAGCUGCCAAAGAAGCAAGGUAUGACAAAGAAGCUGUGGUAAGAUUUUUUCGAACGUUGAUCAGGAGAAGAUAUUUUUCUGAUGAACUACCCACACCAAGUCCAUGGUCUGCUUCUCCAGUUCAGAGAUCUGUCCAGCGUUUAGAUGAAAAUAUAAGUGAUGAGGAUCCAUUUUACAAGGCUACAAGCUUAGCAGGCGACUCUUACAAAUACAACAUGCUCCCUCCCCUGCCAGCUCAACGAAAUCUUACACCACCUCCAACUCUUUACCCACAGCAGCCGGUUUCGGUCACAGAGAGUUAUGGCAUUCCAAGAUUUCCUUUGAGUGGUUCCCAAGAAAUAAGCAACACUGCAAGAUCGAAGCGCAUGGAUAUUAACGUUUGAUGAUCUUUGGCUCUGGCUUAGCCGGGCACAGGAUGCACAUUUCCAUGAGGCUGAACUUCUGCUUGUUAAAAUGGAAUUCUUCCUCUUCUGCUUGUGAACCGUUGAAUUGAUUCUUUUCCAUGCCCUACACCGCUGCAAGUUUUAGAGUUACAGUGGUCACAACUUACAUGUAAAUUGAUUGAUUGGUCACCCUGAAGUAAAGGCAAUUAUUCUCCACGGAACUUGUCUUUUCAAUCUGUGUUUGCUUUUGAAGAAGGAAAAUAUACUCUUGAACUGUUGUAUCCCAGAGAUUCUGCUACUGGUAUCUUCGAAGGGAUUCAUUGUUGAAGCAUACUGCAUUACAAUUUUCAAUCCCUUUCCUCAAGGCCAAAAGGGAAGGUUUAAACUGGC